AGGUAGAGGCGCUAAUAAUCGGGUGCAGCAAGACGCAAACUUCAUCCCGCCGAGUUCGAGACAAGCCAGGUAACACUACAGCUUUGUACAUCUUUGGCUUAUAAGCCUUUCUACUGGGGUCUACACUAUUUCCUUGCAACAUCAGUUUGAUAUCAUCAAUUAUUACAAUUUAGGCAUGUCCAACUAUCCGCCUGAGAUCACGCCCAGUGAAGGCGAAAGGUUGACUGAAGUUGUCAAGGAUUGGGCACUGGCUCAUGGCUUGGCUGUCCGACCACCUCCAGGUGUUAUCGCUGCCGAAGCUGACCCUGCCGGGAUACUUGCGACUGCAGUUCCCGUUACUCUCUUCCCGAGCCCCUUUCCCCAGGUGUGCUUCGACCAAGGAAUUACGGUUCAGAAGGCUUAUAAUGAGCUAUAUGCAUCUAUCAGCCAAGAUGAGGAGUUUCUAGCUCAGAUUGUGAAAGAAAUUGGAGACGGCGAUGAUUUUAUAACUGAACUAUGGAAGGUUCACCUAAGAGUCAAGGAAGAGGGCUAUGUUCAGCACAAAAGUCUUGGCCUCUUUAGAUCCGACUAUAUGGUUCACCAGGAUCGUAGUGCAUCUACUCUGCAGAUCAAGCAGGUCGAGUUUAACACAAUUGCGUCUUCGUUCGGAGGUCUCUCAUCGCAAACCUCAUCACUCCAUAGGCAUCUUUCUUCAGCAGAGUAUCCAUGGUUGGAAAACUCAAUAACGAGAGGAACACUUCAAUUGCCUGAGAAUGGUAGCGCUGCAGGAUUAGCUAGCGGUAUACGACAGGCCUUUAUCGAAUAUGGGCCUCCGUCUACUAGCCACCAGAAGUGUGUCAUCUUCCUCGUUCAAGGAGGCGAGAGGAAUAUCUUUGACCAACGCCACCUCGAAUAUGAACUCCAAAAAUCCGAAGAGCCGCUGAUCCCCGUAUUCCGACUACCAUUCUCGGAAAUUUUACAGCACACAACCCUCGCCGAAGGUACAGGCCGUCAGCUACUAUAUCGACCGCCGCAGCUACCUUCUCAUACGUUUGAAGUUGCUGUCAUAUAUAUGCGCUCAGGGUAUGGGCCGUCAGACUAUCCUGACCAAUCCGCCUGGGAGGCUCGCUACCAUUUAGAAAGAUCGGCUGCCAUCAAAUGCCCGACGGUAUUAACCCAGGUUUCCGGCACUAAGAAGGUUCAACAGGUUUUAGCAACGCCCGAAACGCCAUCAAACCCGUCCAUCCUACCCCGCUACAUAUCCAAGGACUCGGCGUCUAUAUCGAACCUAGCCAAUACAUUUACCAAUAUCUAUCCCCUAGAUAAAACAGAAGCCGGGCUCCAAGCUCGAAAGAUCGCUCUCGACCCCGAGCUUUGCAAAGGUUACGUCCUCAAGCCCCAAAGGGAAGGGGGCGGCAACAACACCUACCGUUCCGCGAUCCCAGCAUUCCUAAAAUCUGUUCCGGAGUCGCAUUGGCCGUCGUAUAUUCUAAUGGAACUGAUCACGCCGCCGCCUGUCAAGAACACGAUAUUACGCAAUGGCAAGCUAGAGCACGGCGGCGUUAUCUGCGAACUCGGCAUAUAUGGAACCUGCAUCUGGGACCAGCAGUCCAAGGCCAUACUCCACAACGAGAGGGCAGGCUAUCUUCUGCGCACGAAGGGAGAUCAAAGCGAAGAAGGUGGUGUCGCUGCUGGGUUUGGCUGCAUGGAUAGCUGUAGCUUGGUUUGACGUAGAUGUUGAAUUGGGAGGGGGUUAUUGUCCCG